GAGCAGGAAGGUGCAGAGCAGAGAGUGAAACUAAACUGAGAAGUGAAUACGUUGGAGACGAGGAGAGGAGAGAGAAGGAGCGGCUCUAGUGAAGGAGAAGCAGAGAAUAUUUGGGGUCUGUGGGACGGCUCAUUCUCCAAUAGACGGUGUUUGUAGGAACAACACAAUGGACGUUGGUGAGAGAUCUUCUCCUGUGCAGCAGCCACAACCCACACAAGGACCCGGCUUGUUUAUUCAAGUGAAUGGCAACAAGAUCAGCCUGCAGCCUCCUCCUCAGAACUCAGGGGGAGAAGGUUCUGAACAACCAAAAGAAUUUGUAUUUGAUCAUUGUUUAUUGAGGUUUGAUGAGAAACUAUCACUGGAAGAGACAUUCCAGGAUCUUGGGAAAGAAAUCCGAGAGAAUAUCUCACAGGGAUACAACUCUUGUGUUUUUGCCUUUGGACAAACAGGAUCAGGGAAAACGUUCUCAUUGUUGGAGUUGCAAGAACAGUCUGGUCUGGUCUCGUUGAUCUGCUCUGAAUUGUUUAACAGUGAGCCCAGUAGAUUUAAAGCUUUUGACAUUAAGGUCUCUUAUGCAGAAAUAUUUAAUGAAGAAUUGAGGGAUCUUUUGGCACCUAAUAGGAUGCACAGAGCAGUUAAAUUGCAACCGAAUGUUCCAUUAGGACCUUAUGCCAAUGGAUUAUCCCUACAUGUUGUCAAUAGUUAUGAAGAUAUCAGACAGAUAAUAAUAGCAGGGAAUGAGUGUAGGACUGUAGCUGACAGAGCCAACCCUACUAUGGAUGAAACUAGCCAGGCACAUGGAAUAUUUACUUUAACAAUAACCUGUACUCAGGGGACAGGGGAGAUUUGUAGCAAGGUGAGUCUGGUGGAUCUAGUAGGGAGUGAGAGAACAAGUGAGGCUGCACAUGUGGAAGUAGAGUCAGAAGAAUCCAGCAUGGAUAUAGAUUUAAUUGACUCAUCCAGGGCAAUAACAGAUAAUGGUGUGGAUCAGAGAGACACUUUACUUUGUUGGAUUCUCAAUCAGUUUCUGGGAAGAAAGACCAAAGCAACAAUUGUAGCCAUGAUUGACCCACGUGCAGAUAAUUACCAGGAGACUCUCAAUACUCUGUCUUCUGCUCACAGGGCCAAGUAUAUAGUUACCCAGGCACUGAGGCCUGAUGAUUCCGGACACAUGGAUACAGAUGAGCCUCAGGAGGAAUUAAGUAAACAGACAGAGAGUUUAAGUUUAACUGAAGUCAACACGGGCCUGACAUCAAGCAAAAAUUCCAAACUAGAGAAAUCUGUGAAUCCUGCAACUGAUAGUUUUACAAAACCCAGCCAAUCAUUGGCCACUCUGAAUAUAGCUGCAGUUGUCAUCAGAUCAGACUUCUCACACCAAGAAACCACUGGAAACCAAGAGUUUGCCAAAGACACAGCUACAGGGGCCAAGUGUAUAGUCAUUCAGCCACUGAGAUCUGAGGAUUCUGGACACAUGGAUGCAGAUCAGCUACAGGAGGAAAUAAGUAAAGGGACAGAACGUUUACAUUUAGCUGAAGACAACAAACAAUUGCUGCCUUGUGAAAAUUACAAACUAGAAGAAUCUGUGAAAACGACGACUGAUCCUCAUCCAAACCUUAACCAGUCAUUGGCCUCUCUGAACAGAUCUCGAAUAAUCUGCAGAUCAGACCCCUCACACCAAGAAACCACAGAAAACCAAGGGUUUGCCAAUGACAAGGCUACAGGUAUCCAGGGCGCAGGUUCCCCAGAAUUGCAGCGUGAGGAUUCUGCAGAGGUGGAUACAGAUCAGCUAAGGGAUGAACUAAGGAAUGAGACAAAGUCUUUAAAUGGAGGCAAAACUGAUGGAUUGUCAAAUCCCCAAGCAAUGGAUACUGGGAACAUAGAUACUGUAACCAUCAGCGGCUCAGACACCUCACACAUUGGAACCACUAGAAACCUUUCUGCCAUUAAACCUGCUAUGGGUGACGCUUUGAUGGGCCAGACCCCAGGACACAACGUGACAGUAUUAUACUGGGAUACACCUCGUGAUCUAGAGUUUCUACAUGCAAAGAUUAAGGAGCACUGGCCAAUGAAUAUCAAGAGCAUAAAGUUCAUUCCCCUUUGUAUUGCCACUGAGGAUGAAUGGAAAUGUACAGCAAGUGAAGCGACUUAUAUCGUACUCUAUCACUCAAUGCAAUUAGGAAAAUUCAUAGAAGAUGGAAAAAGUUAUUUGGAUUUUUGUAUGGGGACACAUGAAUUCUCCAAUAUAUUAGUGAUAGUAACAGACCUGGAAGACUCCCUGCGUAAGAAAGAGAUGAGACGGAACUGGGAUCAGAGCCCAUAUAAAGUUUGCCAUCUGCAAUUAUUCACAGAGGAGGAAAUGGAUCCAUUUAGAACAAGUACAACUAAAGAAUGUCGUUAUACAGAAGAAAUGGCAGCAGAGUCAGAACUGGAUUGUAUCCAGAUUACAAGACACCACAGAAUCGGAAUCUUCUCCAGAUCAGCAGAGAGUGAUUACCAGUGGCUGCUGACGCUUCUUGAAUCAGAAUUCAGAGAUGUGGUUGAUGAAGUUCGACCCUAUUACAUCUCUAACAAUGGACACAGACAGUUCUGGGAGGAUGUCUCUCAUUGCUCAGUCGCUAUCCUGUAUCACACCAUGAACAGAGGGAGAUUAAAUAUCACUGAUGUCACUGACUCUCUCUAUGAUGAGGAGCUGAAACAUAUGUCUGCUAUACUGGAGAAGGAGAAUGUGUUUGUGGUGGCUGAUGACCUGACAGACAGUAGCUCUACAGAGAAGCACAGAAUCCUGGAGCAGCAGCACAGUAUUGUAAAAUACGCUUGUGACCUGGUGCUUAUCACACAAGCAGAUAAGGAAGGCAAUGGAGGUUUGAAGAAAAUGCUCAAAAGAAUCAAACAAAAAAUAAAAACUGCAACAAAGCGCAAAAUGGGGCGUGAUGGCAACACAAAGGAUAAAAAGAAAAAGUGUCCAGAGCAAGAUACAGUAGCACAAGCGCAAGGCUCUCCUAAACCAGAGAAACUUAUACUGCAGAGAACAGGGAGCUUUGCUGUACCAGGUCCUAACGAAGUGGAACCAAAAACAGAAGAAGGAAAACUGUCCAUCAAGAAAAACCAUAAAAUUGGGAUUUUCUCCAGAUCAGCAGAAAGUGAUUACGAUUGGUUACAAACGUCCCUCAGAACAGAGUUGAGGGAUUUGGUGGUGGACGUCAGACCCUAUUACAUCUCUAAUAAUGGACGGCUGCAGUUCUGGGAAGAGGUGUCUCAGUGCACAUUCGGGAUCCUGUAUCACACUAUGAGGAGAGGGAGGCUGAAUAUCACCAAUGUCGCUGACUCUUUGUAUGAUGACGAGCUGAAAUAUAUGGCUGAACAGCUAGGGAAGGAGAAUGUGAUUGUGGUGGCUGAUGACCUGGAGGACAGUAGUCCUGAGAAGCAGCAGAGAAUCCUGGAGCACCAGCCCAAUAUUGGAGAAUAUGCCUGUGACCUGGUUCUCCUCACUCCAGCAGAUAAGAAAGAGAAAGCCCAACUGAUGGAGAAGCUGAAGACCAUUAGAUCUGCUUUACACGUCACAAGUCUUUAUGUGCAUCUUACUGAGGAAGAGGGUGAUGAUGAUCAAAUCAAAAAAACUACAGAGGAAUUUACACGUCUUGUUAACAAUCUUCCUAAACCUCUUCGAAAAACAAUGAAAGAAAUUAUGGAGAGACUGGAUUGUGCUACAUCUGGCCUUCUAAAAGCAUGCUUUAACCAGGCCAAAGGCAGAACUGUCAACUUAAUUCAAUUAUUCAAGAAUUUCUGUUUACAACAAAAUAAAAUACAUGACAGAGCAGAGGCUCCCUGUACAGGUAACAAAACAACACAUCUCCCAACUGUUACAGAAGGGCAACCCAGAGGACAUGGAAGUGAUGCUGGGACACAGUGUCAGAAACAACCUAGCGGACAGAAUUCGCAAAGGGCAGGGGUUUUUGAUUUAAAACCUUCCUGGCCGUCAUCAUGGAAUUUGUUUGGCUCAGCCAAUCAAACAGCAUCACGUGCAAAGAAGAAGCACAAGGUUGGGAUAUUCUCCAGAUCAGUAGAAGAUGAUUAUCGGUGGCUACGCAGGUUCAUUACAUCAGAGUUCAGUGAUUAUGUUCAGGAGGUGAGACCCUGUUACAUCUAUAACAAUGGACUCAUGCAGUUCUGGGAGGAUGUCUCUCAUUGCUCGGUCGCUAUCCUGUAUCACACCAAGAACAGAGGGAGGAUUAACAUCACUGAUGUGGAGGACUCUCUGUAUGAUGAGGAGCUGCAAUAUUUAGCCAAUGAGCUGGGGAAAGACAAAGUCAUGGUGGUGGUGGAUGACCUGGAUGAGAUUGGCCCAAAGGAGAAGGAAAGGAUUCUGGAGAGACAAGGAAGUAUUGAGAAAUGGGCCUGUGACCUCAUUCUCGUCAGUUCAUCUGAGAAGGACUUCAGUGAAUCUAGAAAUUCAAUGUUUAAACAAGGAUUGAAGGAUACAUUUAGUAGAAUAAUGCAGAUUUAAUUUGUUUAUCCUUUUACCACCCUACAGAAAGUACCACACACCUAGUGAUUCUUAACACAUUUCCUGUCUCUCCCAAAACCCCCACAAAUGUUUAUUUAAAAACCUCAAGCCUAUUUAGGCAGGUAUAUGUCAUAGCAAAAUGAUUUAAAUGAUAUACGUUUUGAAUUAUGCUGUUUGUAACAGAGUGAGAUCAAUUCCAAUAACACCAAAGCAACGUUGGACUUGAUGCUUUCCGAGCUUUGCAUCUGCCCCUUACUUCAAGCAAACCAGUUCAGAUGGUGGAUGUCGAAGAGUAAUAAAACUUAGCUUUGAAUCAUAGUUACAAUAAAAUGAUCUACUCUGAAACAGACUCACUGAUUUCACACUUUUCAGGCAGUGCAGGACCAUAAAUUUACACUAAAUAAAAACUGCAUAUGGAGGAUAGAUAGGGUUAAAGUGAAGCAACAUAGUUACAGCACCAAUAGCUCAAUGUAUAAUUAUUAUAAUUACUAGCCACAGGUGGUUAAUCAGUAGUCCUUAAAACCCAGGCUGGCCAGUUUCUGAGGAGCUCUGCCUAAGCGAGACACUGAGAGAUGUCUGAGAGAGGGCCGGACCAAGCUGACUGGGC